CGAAUUUGAAAUUCAUCAUGGCGGCUGUAGAGUACUAAAGUAGUAACCCUAACUACAUGCUACUCUCCUGGUGCUAUACCAUCUGCAUUUAUACGAUUGGCUUGCAAAAACUACUGUAGGUUCUGACGUGACGUCAGGCUGUGGAAUAAUAACCAAUGGCAACAUUAACUGAUUUCCUGCCAAAUGUGACCACUCAAGACACGAGGAAACGGCAGCAGUGUUAUGAGUCUCUGUCCCGAUACCUGAGUGACCCGAGAAGUUCACUGGAGUGUGAGGACAAUGAUGCGUUUGUGAGCGGGCUGGCAUCUUGGGUUACAUGUAGCAACUAUAAGGUAUCCCUGAAUGGACUUGAGAUACUGUGCCUGAUGAUAGAUCGCAUGGGGGAGGACUUUCGACCAUAUGUCACAUCAGUCCUUCCUGCGUGUGUGGACCGCCUUGGCGACUCAAAAGAGCAGGUGAGAGACCAGGCCCAGCAACUGCUGCUCAAGCUCAUGAUGCCAGCGUCUACUCCACAGUAUGUUUUUGAGCGAAUCCUGAGUAAUUUCACACACAAGCUGUGGCAUGUGAGAGAGGGAGUGCUCAUUUGUCUGCAGAACACCAUCAACAGGUAUGGGGCACGAUGUCUCCAGCUGUCAAAGAUUGUAUCGUCUAUCUGCAAACUUCUAGAGGAUCAGACUCCCCAGGUUCGAGAAGCAGCUAUAAACACAUUGGCCGAGAUUUAUCGACAUGUUGGUGAAAAAGUGCGAGCAGACCUUGCAAAGAAAGGAAUUGCACCUCAGAGGUUACAGCAGGUCUUUGCCAAGUUUGAUGAUGUGAAGCUAUCUGGAAAUAUGCUGGCUACCGCUGACCUCGGUCCUGGUAGGAGUGAGCGCGUUGAGGACGAGAUGGACUUUGCCCGGCCCAAUACCACCAAAGUGCUCAAGUCAAAGCGGGUUCCUAGUUCAGCAAGCUCCACAUGCUCCACAGGUUCACUCGGACGCAAGAGUGGGCUCACACUCUCCAAGAGUGCAUCAGCUACAGCAUCAAGAUUGUCGUUCCGGAGGAAGUCAGCAGAUGCACCAGGUUCAAGUACAGGGGCAGUGGAUGAGGACUUCUUUGUGCGCUCGUUUGAGGACGUGAACAGAGUACAGCUAUUCUCGUCUCGCGACCUCACAGAUCACCUGACCAAGUGCAAAGACACAUUGUCUGACACGAACAUAGCCUGGGAGAAACGUGUGGAGGCUUUGAAGACAUUGCGAGGGAUUAUGGUAGCUGGUGCAAUGGAUUAUGAUGACUUUAACCCAUUCCUGCGAACAUUGGAGCCUUGUUUCAUGAACUCAGUGAAGGACCUCCGGUCUCAAGUUGUACGAGAAGCCUGUAUUACUGUAGGGUAUUUUUCCCAGCAGCUAGGCAGCAGGUUUGACCACAGUGCAGAGACCUUGCUGCCAGUGCUCAUCAAUCUCAUUCCAAACAGUGCCAAAGUUAUGGCCACCUCCGGCCUUACAUGCAUCAGGUUCAUCCUUCAAUACACAUUUGCUUCUCGCCUCAUCCCAAUCAUCACCAACAACCUGUCCUCAAAGGCCAGUAUAAUCCGCAGGUACUGCUUUGAGUUUAUGAACCAGGUGUUACACACAUGGCCCACCCAUAUACUAGAGAAACACAUAGCCAUUCUACAGGAGGCCAUUAAGAAGGGCAUAAGUGAUGCAGACUCAGAGGCCAGGUCAUUCGCCAGGAAGUCAUUCUGGGGUUUUACAACACACUUUAAAGACCAGGGUGACUUGCUGUUGUCCCACUUGGACCCUGCAAAACAGAAGGCCCUGCAGGGGGAACUGAGUAACUCCUCCAGUAGUAACUCUGUUAAUAGUGGGCAAGGUGGGGCUUCUGCGGGGGCCUCCAGAGUGCCCCGAGCACGCUCAGCCAGCCAGGACCGGGGACAUGAGACCAGCACUCUCGGGCGUAUUGGUAAAAAGAGUCAUCAGCGGUUCCGGUCAGCACGUAGUGACACUGGCGGAGACCUAGAUAAUGAUGAUCUUGAUGGUCAAGGUGAAGAUUUAGAAACAUUUAAUGACCGGCCAGUGGGGGGCACAUCUAACGGUAUUACACGCUCAAGUAGCGCUGUUGAUAUAACGAGCGGCACCUCAACUACGCCGCGUAGACGGUCAUCAUCUACACUUCUCGCUGCACGUUUGUCAAACGGAUCCACAAAUUCUCUACCACGGCAGAAACCGCGAUAUGAUCAUAUCGUAUCUUCCUAUGCUCAGUACAGAGCCUCUCCUUCGAUUGACCACUCCGGUCGCAAUAGAACGCGACUCGGGACCUCCCAGUCCCAACCUAACAGUCGAUCAAGUUCACCAACGCCCCGUGGCAGCUACCUGACCCACACUGUUGGGUUGGGCGCUCCUAUGACCCCUGGCCGACCCCGUAAGGCCUCCACCCUCUCCAACCCCCGCAGUACGGGCACCAGCAGGGAAACUAGCCCCUCACGAUCUUCAGUGAAGUCCUCCGGAUACGGUCGAGAACGGAGGUCUAGCGGGAGUAAGGCAGGUGCAGGAACGAAGACAAUACGGACACUGAAACCUGGACAGGAUGUUGAGGAACUACUCGAAGUUGCUCUGCGGCAGCCUAUCCGGAAACGUUACGAGAGUUAUGAUUCAGAUGAUAAUGCCAGUGAAACAUCAAGUGUUUGCUCAGAAAGGUCCUUUAGCUCUUCCUAUGGCAAAACCUCUGAGGACAUGGGUGAGAUUCUCACAUUGUUGCAGAGCAAUGCCUACCAGGAGCGGAAGGAGGGUGUUGUUAGUCUUCAUAAACUAUUACGACAAAAUAGGUUCUUAACGCGAAUAGAAUUAAAAAAGGCAACAGAAAUAUUCACUCGGAUGUUCCAUGAUCCACAUAGUAAAGUGUUCAGUUUGUUUUUGGAGAUGUUGAUAGACUUGAUACAAGUGCACAGUCGUGACAUAACAGAUUGGUUAUAUGUGCUGUUGUCACGUCUCUUACACAAGCUGGGGGCAGACAUUCUCGGCUCACUACAGGCAAAAGUGCAGCGAGCCCUCGAUGCUACCAGGGAGAACUUUCCAAGUGACCUGCAAUUUAAUAUCCUGACGCGGUUUAUUGUGGAUCAAACCCAGUCUCAGAGCAUGAAGGCCAAUGGAUUGGGAAAACCAGCUGUGAAGCUGGCCAUGUUGAAUUACCUGUCUCAGCUGGUGCCGUGUAUGGAGCCAGCAGAUUUCUCCAACAACAGCGACUCUCGCCUGGUUGUCUCCCGCAUCAUUACUUGGACCAACGAACCAAAGAACACAGAUGUCCGCAAGGCGGCCCAGGCUGUGUUGAUAUCCCUGUUCAGUCUCAACCCACCUGAGUUCUCCAUGAUGUUGUCUGGACUGCCGAAAACCUUCCAGGAUGGAGCCACCCGGAUAUUGCAGCAGCACCUGAAGGGUGUCCAUGAGCCAGACGUGCUGACCCCGCGCAACACGGCCAGCCCACAGGCUGGCCAGAACAGGUCAAGACCACCAUCAAGGGGUCCAUAUGGGCGUGAUGAGGCAGAUACAGAGAAUAUGAACCCAGAAGAUAUUUAUAACUCCUUUAAGAAAACUGCCGCAGAAAUACAGAAUCUGAGUUUUAACAGUAAAUUGGACAAUUUUGAUGAUGUUAAAAAACGAAAAGAGUUUACAUCACAAGACAGCGGAAUUCAGGAUCUGAGGAAUGACAGCCCCGAUGCGGGUGACUCUAGGUCAGUGAAGCAAGCGUACAAUCCUUCACAAUACCAGGAUGAGGGAACUAUAAAUGGAUAUAACCGAUCAAACCAGGCAGAGGCUUUUCUUGCUGAUAACGAUGUCUCAUUUAACGAAGUCAGUUUUCCUGUUCCGUUACCUGAAAAACGAAAGAAAAAGCCAAAAGGUGCACUGGAUCAGGAGGACGUGAUCUCUCACAUUCUCAGUGAACUCUCCAACCAUAACCAUAGACAUGAGGAGCGAAAGAAUGCAAUGUUGUCUCUGAUCAAGCUGACACGUGAGGGUAUGUUUGAGCUGUGGGAGGACCACUUCAAGAGCAUUCUUCUCAUUCUGCUAGAGACACUCGGGGAUGAUGAUAUGCAGACAAGGUCCCUUGCUCUGCGUGUGUUACGGGAGAUCCUGCGGAACCAGUCAGAGCGGUUCAAGGAGUACGCAGAGCUCACCGUUCUUCGAAUCCUGGACGCCCACAAAGACCCUGAGAAAGAGGUUGUGCGAGCAGCGGAGGAGUGUGCAGCCACACUGGCCAGCUACAUCCCACCUGCCCAGAUCACCCGCAUACUGAUCCCAAUUAUCCAGACAGCCCCAAUGCCAAUCAAUCUGGCCGCUAUAAAGAUGCAGACUCGGGUCAUGGAGCAGCUCUCUCAAGACCAGCUUCUCCCACUCCUACCGGACGCCCUUCCUGGACUCCUCAAGGGCUAUGAUGACAGUGAGAGCAGUGUGCGAAAGGCGAGCGUCUUUUGUCUGGUUGCCAUGUACAUGGUGGUUGGGGAAGGCUUGCGACCAUUCCUUUCAGAACUUAAUGGCAGCAAGAUAAAGCUGUUGAAUUUGUACAUCAAGAGAGCCCAGGCCCAGCGAGAAAGCGGCAAGGUGACAUCUCCCUACCUCUCAGACACAUCCUGAUAGUCAACCAAUCACAGACAUGCUUAUAUGGCCAACAACCAGUCAGAACUGACCUGACAACCACAAGCCAUAAUCAGGUUCUCAUCCAAUCACAAUCUAUGAAAAACUAUGAACUGUCAGCCAAUGGCAAAUAUCUGAUAGUUAAACUUGAUGAAACUAGUGUUGUGGGUGCAGGACAGUCAUUGACUUGUGGAAAAUAUGCUCACUGUAAGCUAGUGAAGAAUGUUGGACAAUGCUAGCUUGACACAGAUGGAGAAGGUGAUAUUAAUUUUUCAUAUUUUCCCAAAUGGAGUAUUUCUCCAUUUCUUCAAACAAAAGAACAGUUUGGGAAAAAUGUUGUGAACAAACUUUUUAUUUUAUGUUUUAUUGUGUACUGACCUCCUUAGUUUUAAAAAAGAGAUAGAAGUUGGAAGCAUAGGGGUAUUCCGAAGAGAAAUGUGAUACUAAGGUAAUUUUGAACAAAUUGUUGCUCAGACAUUGAAAUGAGGCUAGACAUGAAGUUGUCAACUGAUAUGUGUAAACGACCUGCAUUGUGAACAACAAUAAUAUGUGUUAAGGGUCAAAGCUAGUAUAAAGAGGUGCUACCUCUGUAAGACUUCAAUGACAUUGGAAGGCAUGGACCACAUGUUUGAUAGACCCAUAUUAGCCCAAUCUUGAACUAUGACAUAGUUGUUAUUUAUUUAUGACUGCUUAAGUGCAUGACAUGUAUGUAUUUAGAAGUGUCCUGUUGCACAUAGCAGCUUCAUGUCGUCUUGGAGCCAGUAUCUUCUUAUCAAUUUUUCUCCUUCACCAUGUUACCAAAGUCUCAUAAAGUUAAGCUUAUAACAAACAUGCAUAACCCAUUGUUAUUCAUUUUUCUUUUUGCAUUAUUCAUCAUUUAUUUUUUUUCAGGUAAUUUUCUCAAAUCAAAGAAUGUAUAUAUCAUAUAUAAUUAGCUUUUUUUAAAAUGUGUUCACUUAUGUUUUAGCUCGUCUGGUUUUUGAUGAAAAAAGUGCAUGUAUUCUAAUAGCCUUGGCGGUGGCAGUCUUGCAAACACUAAGCAUUUAAUAAAAAAAAAGUAUCCAAAAAUUCAAAUAAAACUUGGUAGACAUGUGGUCAGAGACAAUACACACAUGUACAGCAUGGCCCAAUUUUAACUCUGGCUGUAAUGAUUAAACAGUUAUGCCCCCUUUUGACUGAAAAUCAGACGAGCAUUGGCAUUCACUUCAUGGCACUCUUGUCAAUAGUAGGUUUCGAAUUACUUUAAGGAAACAGGAAAUUUAAUGAUAUGAGUAGCAGUACCGUUAUAGUAAUAAUUAGACAGUUGACUCAUGUAUUAUUGUAUAAGGAUGUAGAAAUGAUACAUUGUGAAUCUGCAUACAGUUUUAACUAGUUCAUUAUGUGGCUAAGAAUGUUAUUAAAUACCCUGUGUCAUAUGAACCUAUCUAUUGUGAUAUAUAAAUUGUGUAGAAACAUUGACAUUUAUUUCGGGAUUUUUAGCCUAAAGACCUGUGUUAAGCAGAUAUUAAAGUUUUUGGUAUAGAAGUGUUUUAUUACACAGUAUUGAAAAGAACAGUUGUGUAAAUUAUCUGUUGUGUAAAGAUGGGUGGUAAGCUGCCACAGUGGCCCAUCUUGUGCGGCUGAUAUUGGCCAUAUGCUCCAUAUGCUCGUGACUGUAAGUCUAGAUGUGUGUCACCAGGACCUUGAAUGACUGUAUUUAUAUCAGAUAUUAUGAUUUAAACCAAGCACGGGAGGGUUUGUGUUGUUACAUGAUUGAUUGGAUGUUGUUUCAUGUUGUUGCUUUUAUACAUUUGUGAGACAGAUUUUUAGAGGAAUGGAUUGCAUUCGUGAUCAAGAUCAGUUUCUGCUAGUCAAAUGUAUUCUAAAACUUGAUUCUAUUCAACUCCACUUUGUAUUAAUAUUCUUUUUAAGCUGGUUUGUGUUUCCAAUUAAUUACAAAUGUAGGUCAGUAACUGUCAUAGCCUUUGUAGUAUCUUUGACAUCUUAGUGCCAUUUUUUACCUUGGCCAUGAAACAACCUUUCCAAGAUAUUCAAAUGUAGCUUGUACACAUGUUGGCAGAAACAAUACGCACAUGCAUAGCAUGGUUGAUAACUCUGGAUUUAACAACUUUUUAGUAAUGCCCCUUCUUUAUUGAAAUACAACAGAUGAGCACUGUUUUUCACUGUGAGGUGCUCCUGAUUUAUUACCAAGCUAAAUAAAAUCCAAUGCAUGAGCCUGUUGUAGGUGUGGCUAUUUGCAGAUAAUGAGAUUGUUUGGUUCAUAUGUAAUGUUCAGGAUACAGCAGUUAUUCAGUACCAUUUAUACCAAACACACUAUCGACAAUGUAAUGUUGUGAACUAAAAUUGAAGUUUUAAUCAUGUUAGAUAUUGUUUGUGCUUUUCACUUGAUUGUACUAAAUGUAUGCCUAUAAAAAUCCGUCAGUUAUGUUCUAUGUCAUCAAUGUAGGUUAUUUAAACAUGAUGUAAACAUAAUAAAACAACUUAAACUUG